CGGGUCCCAUUACUGCUGCUAGCCUGGGAGUGGUGAUACUACGGAGUAGGUGGAGAGUGGGUGACAGCUGCUGCUGCCCGGUCCGUAUUAAUCCCAUCUGACCUCACACGGGGCGUGGUGCACCUGCCACUGCUGUGCUGGAGCCUUUCUCAAUGGUGUGGGGGCAGAUACUUUGUUCAUUAUGAAGCUUUCCUGAUUAAAUAAUUAGUCUCUGUUACUGAAGGAAAAGUUGUUGGCCCCAAGGUUUUGGUAUUUCCUAUCUUACCUCUUCAUUCAAUGCCUAACGUAGAGGCUGACAGAGAAUCUAAUGGUUCUGGCAGCGACGACCACAAGUCCAGAGGGAGAUCUCCGAGGGACAAUGUACAAGAAAAUGUGAAAUCCUUCAAUGUUGGAGAUUCUUCUUCUGGACAUCUAGAGUCUGGUGGUGACCGUCAUUAUCCCUGGGGAUGCCUGGUCACUCACACAAGGGAAAAGUUCUAUACGAUCUGUUCAGACUACGCUUUCUUGAACCAAGCAACAUCUCUGUACAAAGCUCCUGGCACUGUGAGCAGCCUAAGUUCACAAGAGAAACCCUCCUUAAACAAUGCAUUAAAUUACAUUGAUCUCCAGUCUAGCAGUGGCUCUGAUAUCAUUUAUAAUGAAGAUGCAAGCUUGGAUUCUUUGUCGAAUGAUCUUCAGACACUUCCUCUUGCCUGGGAAAUUGAUACGUCUGACUUUAACACAAUGACUACAAAGAUGAAAACCAAAUCAGGUGUGGUUAAUAAGCAGGUCCCAAAGAAGAAAGCUGAGAGGAAGAUGAGGCCAUUAAGAGAAUGUACCCAACACUUCAUUGAGGAUGAUAUUAAACAACGCAAAGUCCUAGAUCUCCGGAGAUGGUACUGCAUCAGUCGGCCACAGUAUAAGACCUCAUGUGGGAUUUCCUCUUUAGUAUCCUGCUGGAACUUUCUCUUUAGCACUCUGGGAUCUGGAAGUCUUCCACCAAUAACCCAAGAAGAAGCUCUGCAUAUUUUGGGUUUUCAGCCACCCUUUGAAGAGAUUCGUUUUGGUCCUUUUACUGGGAAUACAACUUUGAUGAGAUGGUUCAAACAAAUGAAUGAUCACUUUCAUGUGAAAGGGUGUUCAUAUAUGCUGUACAAACCACAUGGGAAGAAUAAGACUGCAGGAGAAUCCGCUGUUGGCGCUUUGUCCAAAUUGACCCAGGGCUUGAAGGAUGAUUCCAUGGCCUACAUUUAUCAUUGCCAGAACCACUAUUUUUGCCCUAUUGGAUUUGAAGCUACUCCAGUAAAGCCCUGUAAAGCAUACAGGGAUCCGUUGUUCCAGCAUGAAGUUGAAUACUGGAUAUUAAUAGGCGAACCGAGCAGAAAACAUCCAACAAUUCAUUGUAAAAAAUGGACAGACAUUGUUACUGAUUUGAACACACAAAAUCCUGAAUUCUUUGAUAUUCGUCACACAGAAAGGGGUCUACAAUAUAGGAAAACAAAAAAGAUUGGAGGAAACCUUCAUUGUCUUAUGGCUUUUCAAAGACUUAGCUGGCAGAGAUUUGGUCCCUGGGCCUUGCAGCUUGGCAACCUGCGACCUGAACCCCAACCUCCACUUCAUACUAGAAGAAUUCCCAAAUCUGAGAGUGAAGAUAAUGUCUCCAAAAAACCACACGGACGUCUGGGGAGGUCAUUCAGUGCAGGCUUUCAUCAAGAGUUUGCCUGGAAGAGGAUAUGUAAUAUCAGUGAGAGACGGGGCAGUGGUUCUCCUGAGAGUGACACAGACUGUGAAGGAACGGACUAAAAUAAUAGGCUAGAAAUAUUUGUAAUUUUUAAAUGGAGAAUAGUAAUAGUGUUGGAUUAAGGAAUGUGUUUCAAAGGUGUAAAGUACUUUAAUAUUUUUAUUUGCAAAAAUUUUUUGUCCAAUUCUGGCAACCCAACAGGAUUAUGAAACAAUUUUCAAAUAUGUUUGUUACACACACAGUUUCAUAGAGUGUUGCAGGACAAGACCACUGCAUAGUAUUUGAAGUGUGGGCAAUUCCUAAAUUAUGUUAUGGGAUACACAUGGGAGGUCUAUUAAGUAUUUUAUGUGUCAAGUCGUUAGCCAUUUCUCUAACAUUUAAUUCAGACCUCAUGUGCUAUUUUAUAGGCAUUGGUGCACUGAACUGGCUUCCGAUAGGAAUCUGUUACAUGUAAAGGCAUAUCCAUGUCACUAGAAGGAAGUCAGUAGGUGCCAAGCACUUGCAGAAUUUUUACACCUGGAUAUGAGAUCUUUGCCUUAUUGAUGGUCGUGAGGCACCUUUGGUGCCACUGUGGGCAAACACUCAUACCAGCUUCAAUGGUUGGUGCACUAUAAGCUGAAUGGAAUCCAGUGUUUCUCAAAUCCAUUUUUCCAGGAGCAAUAACCAUGCAUGUUUACCAGUUGUAAAACAACAUAAUACUUUCUCUGUAUAAUUGUUAUUUAUUAUUAAUAUCUCCAUGCACAAGUGUGUUCAUUGGCAGAGGCAUUGUGAAAGAUCCACAAGUAGCGCUAAUAUUUCACUUGUUAUCCUAUGCCGAGACCGGAAAACAUGCAUUGUGAGGGUGUUCUGAGAACUGGAUUUGAUAUACACUGCUCUACAUAGAACUACUAGAGUGACACAAAUUCUAAAGUAUGAAGUCACUAGCUCUAUCACUAGUUUAUCAUGUAGACGUUUAGAAAUUAUCCUGUUCCAAUUGGCAGGCAGUUAAUUGUAUGAUGUUUAUGGCAUAUAUGCUACAUGUAAUAUAUGCCCAAAGUAUAAGUCUAUGUAAAUAGCUUGGAGAGGACACAGUCUGAUGUAGCUUGGGGUAGUACACAGUCUAAUACACUGUACACAGAAGAGACAGGGAGAAGUGCUUAGGAACUGGCGUUUGUCAUUGCAUUAGAUAAGAGAAUGCCCUGGUUCUUAUUAAAGCCAUGUUUGUUUUUAUGGGAGGCAACCAAUCCACUUGAUGGUCGGUGAAGGACAUACUUGGUUUACAUCCUGUUGUUCAUGGUGACUUUUUUUUAUUAUUAUUUUUUUUUCUUGGAUAGCCCAAUUCUCCCCAGUAGUUUUGAUUUUAGUAAUACAUUUGACAAUACAUUUAGUAAUACAUCUUCUGUAUGCCGAAUGUCGGGAUCCCGGCGCCGGAAUCCCGACACACCGACAACUAUUCUCCCUCGUGGGGGUCCACGACGCCCUGGAGGGAGAAUAAAAUAGUGUGGUGCGCGUAGCGUGGCGAGCGAGCCCGCAAGGGGCUCCUUUGCACUCGCCACGCUGUCGGUAUGCCGGCGGUCGGGCUCCCGGCGCCGGUAUGCUGGUCGCCGGGAGCCCGGGCGCCGGCAUACCGUACGACACCCCAUUUGACAUAGGUGUGCAAGGAGUAUAAUCUAUAUAAUGAAGUUGUUAGACAGCAUGGCAUUGUAUAACGUACGUUUAUCGCCACUGAUUUGCAUGUUACCUGGCAGAGAUCAGAGCCUUCUGUACACAGUGUCACCCCCCACACCUAACAAGGACUGUGAGUGUACAAUCGUCUAGACAUGGAAGGGAUACUUUUCUGUUAACCGAUUUGUAUAGGGAAUUUUUAUAAAUAUUUCUGCAAGGAAAUUAAAUAUAUUAUAUUUACCAUACCAAACUGUAUAGGUAUAAUGCGAUUUAUGAUGGAUAUUCUUAUUUAUCUUUUGUCUUCAGAACUUUGCUUACUAGUAAAGACUUAUUUUCUACUUU